GGGGGACUCGAGAGCGAACGGGACCUGCCUGCCGGAGCUUUUGUUGUUGGGACUGGAAAACCACCUCAGACCCGGCUCAUGCGCUAGCCACGGCACAUCCAUGAGAGGCCAGUAGCGCGCUGUGCAAGAGACGCCGACAGCAUGGAGUUCCCGCAGCAGCCCAGACCCGCAGACGGCAAGAUCACCUACCCGCCCGGGGUGAAAGAGAUCACCGACAAGAUCACCAACGAUGAGGUCGUCAAGCGGUUAAAGAUGGUGGUGAAAACGUUUAUGGACAUGGACCAGGACUCGGAGGACGAGAAGCAGCAGUACCUUCCCCUGGCCCUGCACCUGGCCUCCGAGUUCUUCCUCAGGAACCCCAACAAGGACGUGCGCCUCCUGGUGGCCUGCUGUCUGGCUGACAUCUUCAGGAUCUACGCUCCUGAGGCGCCCUACACCUCCCACGACAAGCUCAAGGACAUUUUCUUAUUCAUCACACGGCAGCUGAAGGGGCUGGAGGACACCAAGAGCCCACAGUUCAACAGAUACUUCUACCUGUUAGAGAACUUAGCUUGGGUGAAGUCUUACAACAUAUGCUUUGAGCUGGAGGAUUGCAACGAGAUUUUCAUUCAGCUGUUUAAGACUCUCUUCUCUGUCAUCAACAACAGCCACAACCAGAAGGUGCAGAUGCACAUGUUGGAUUUGAUGAGUUCUAUCAUCAUGGAGGGUGAUGGGGUGACUCAGGAACUACUGGAUUCCAUUCUCAUCAAUCUCAUUCCCGCACACAAGGUCGGUCUGUUGCUGGUUGAAAAGAUCUUCGCCCAGUACAUGGUCCCCCACAACCUGGAGACGGAGGAGAAGAUGAAGUGUCUGUACUACCUGUACGCCAGCCUGGACCCCAACGCAGUCAAGGCACUGAAUGAAAUGUGGAAAUGCCAAAACAUGCUGAGGAGUCACGUUCGGGAGCUUCUGGACCUACAUAAGCAGCCGACCUCGGAAGCAAACAGUUCUGCCAUGUUUGGGAAGCUGAUGACAAUAGCAAAGAACCUGCCGGACCCAGGGAAGGCCCAGGACUUCAUGAAGAAGUUUAACCAGGUGCUGGGGGAGGACGAGAAGCUGAGGGCCCAGCUGGAGCUGCUGAUCAGCCCCACCUGUUCCUGCAAGCAGGCGGAAGUGUGUGUGAGAGAAAUAUCCCGUAAAUUGACGUACCCUAAGCAACCGACCAACCCGUUCCUAGAAAUGGUGAAGUUCCUCUUGGAAAGAAUCGCACCUGUCCACAUCGACUCAGAGGCCAUCAGUGCUCUGGUGAAGCUGCUGAAUAAAUCGAUAGAGGGUACUGCGGAUGACGAGGAAGAGGGCGUUACUCCUGACACUGCUAUUCGGUCUGGACUGGAGCUGCUCAAGGUUCUGUCUUUCACUCAUCCCACCUCCUUCCACUCGGCGGAGACAUACGAGUCCCUCCUGCAGUGCCUGAAAAUGGAAGAUGACAAGGUGGCUGAGGCAGCUAUCCAGAUCUUCAGGAACACGGGACACAAGAUCGAGACGGAACUGCAGCAUAUUCGAUCAACCCUGAUUCCUGUCCUGCACCAGAAGGCCAAGAGAGGCACUCCACACCAGGCCAAGCACGCGGUGCACUGCAUACACGCCAUCUUCCACAACAAGGAGGUGCAGCUGGCUCAGAUCUUUGAGCCUCUGAGCCGGAGCCUCAAUGCCGAUGUGCCUGAACAGCUGAUCACUCCUCUCGUCUCUCUGGGACAUAUCUCCAUGCUGGCCCCCGACCAGUUUGCCUCACCCAUGAAGUCCAUCGUGGCCAACUUCAUCGUCAAGGAUCUGCUGAUGAAUGAUCGGUCCAUAGGUAACAAGAAUGGGAAGCUGUGGUCUCCAGAUGAAGAGGUUUCCCCAGAGGUGCUUGCAAAGGUGCAAGCUAUCAAGUUGCUGGUGCGCUGGUUACUGGGCAUGAAAAAUAACCAGUCAAAGUCGGCCAACUCCACGCUGAGGCUGCUGUCGGCGAUGCUGGUUAGCGAGGGGGACCUGACAGAGCAGAAGAAGAUCAGUAAGUCAGACAUGUCCCGUCUGCGCCUGGCAGCUGGGGGUGCCAUCAUGAAGCUGGCACAGGAGCCCUGCUACCACGAGAUCAUCACCCCAGAACAGUUCCAGCUCUGCGGCCUGGUCAUCAAUGAUGAGUGUUACCAGGUGAGGCAGAUAUUUGCACAGAAGCUGCACAUGGCGCUGGUGAAGCUGCAGCUCCCCCUGGAGUACAUGGCUGUGUUCGCCCUGUGCGCCAAAGACCCCGUGAAAGAACGGCGAGCCCACGCUCGGCAGUGUCUGCUGAAGAACAUCAGCAUCCGCAGGGAGUACAUCAAGCAGAACCCCAUGGCUAACGAAAAGCUGGUGUCUCUCCUGCCAGAAUACGUUGUCCCCUACAUGAUCCACCUCCUGGCCCAUGAUCCAGACUUCACCAAACCUCAGGACUUUGAGCAGCUGCGCGACAUCAAAGAGUGCCUGUGGUUCAUGCUGGAAGUUUUAAUGACCAAGAAUGAAAACAACAGCCACGCCUUCCUGAGGAAGAUGGUGGAGAACAUAAAGCAGACCAAGGACGCCCAGGCGCCGGACGACCCCAAAACCAACGAGAAGCUCUAUGUUGUCUGUGAUAUCGCACUGUUUGUCAUCGUUAACAAAAGCACAGCUUGCCAUUUGGAUUCGCCGAAAGAUCCCGUAUUACCUACAAAAUUUUUCACCCCACCAGAUAAAGACUUUGUCAAUGACAAGGAUUAUCUGUCAUUAGAAGCCAGGACGGUCCUUUUAACAGGAAAGCCCAAGCCGGCUGGCGUCCUCGGCACCGUGAACAAGCCGCUGUCCGUGGCCGGGAAGAGGCCGUACACCAGGACGGGCGGCUCAGAAACGGGCAGCAACGUCAGCGGGAACUCGGAGCCCAGCUCCCCAGCCGGAAACAAGGGAAGGGAGCCCGGCGCAGAGGCGUCCGAGACAGGAGCCUGCGAGAACGAGGAGAACCCGGUGAUCCUGAUCUCGGUCACACCCGGAAAAGCUGAACCCGUGAAAAAGGAGACCAACUCGGAGCAGGCGGCGCCCGGCAACGCCAGCGCGGAGCGAGGCAAGAAGCGCGCCGCCCCCCCCGCCGACGGGGCGGAGAACAUGCACCAGAGCGCCGAGGGGAGAGCCUCGGACGAGGCCGGGGCCCCCGCCGUCCCCAAACCCCGGCGGGGGCGCCCCCCGAAGACGCAGCCCGCCGGCGGCGGCGGCGGCGGCGCGGAGAAGGGCGCGGAGGCCAAGAGCGGCGGCCGGGGCCGGAAGAGAACGGCGGCGUCCCAGGACAGCCCAGGGGUGGUGGAGCCCAUCACCAUCAAAAUACCAAAACAGCAGAAAGACGCCGAGGUCAAGAGGGCGGCGCCACAGAGACAGAUGGAUUUGCAAAGCAGCGAGGUUCUGGGGAGCGAUGGCAAUUCCCUGUGGGACGUAGAGUCCAGUCCAGACAGCCUGGGGAAGGAGAGGAAUGUGUUUAGGAGCAAGAGCAGCUUGGAGGAGCUUGAGAAAGCAGACAGACGCCAGGGAGCCCCACUUAAGGUAAAAAGAAAAGGUUUCCGAAGACAAAAAAGUUGAAUGCCUGGUUCAGGACUUCAGGAUUAGCCACCACUGUACAGAAACUGAACUUGACUGUAAAGCUCUUCGCCCUGAAAAAGACGAGACGCGGCACUGCUUCCAAACGCUGUUUUUGAAGCAAGCUUUCUCCUCAGCGAUAAAACAGUUCAAGCUCUUUGAACGGUGGUCUGUUCACCCCUUUCUGCUUCACUGAGACUUCUUUUUACAACUUUUUUCAGAAAUCGGUUCAGAUUCCCGCAAUGAGUUGAUUUCCAAGGCUGAUGUCUUCUCUUCUGGUUGUCAUGGCCUUUUUUAUGUUUGCUGAAAGCAAUUUUUUUUUUUUUUUUUGUUUUGAACCGGAGUCGCCACAUUGACUUUAAAAAGAAAUUUAAGCCAAAUAGUCUCACUGCCUGCUGCUGCAGAUGAAUUUUUUUAAGUUUUAGCCUGAGCACUGUUGGGUAGAGAAUGGCUCGCUCUGGAUGUUCAGUAAACACCUGAGCAUUCCCAAAGGAGUGCGCCCAUGGGACGAUCGAGCCAUUUCUUUUCAAAGCAGAUCGUUUCUAGAUUUUACAGAUCUGUUCAGAUUUUACCAUUCCCUUCAGAUUUUGUCUGAGUUGUUUUUUGCAGAUUUUAGUUCUCGCCUACAUUGUGAACCACGAUAAAACAUUGUAAAGCUCUAGCAGGUAACCUGGUUCUUUUACAGAGGCCUUUUAUUUUUAACUUGGGGCAGAUUUUACAUUUUUGUAACGGAAUGAAAGAGGAGAGUGUGCACAAAAAGUAACAUUUUGGGGGGUAAUAUGAAUUACCACAUAAAAUGAUGCUUACACAAAAGUUUUAAAUAAAACAAACCUGGGUUUUAGAUGCCUGCAAAAAAAUAAAACAGUUGAAAACUGUUGGUAAAUUUUGAGUGUUUUUAGAGAUUGAAAAUAUUUUUCAACAUGUUUUGCCAGUUUGUCUCCCUGUUUCCAGCAGUUUGUUUUAUUUUAGUGAAAUACUUAUAAUGUUGCAUUGAUUAUUAUGAUUCCAGGCAUUGUUUUGGGGAUAGCUGUGUACAGAUUAUGUACACAUGACCAUAUUUAAUUUUUUUGCAUAUAAUAAAUGCUUUUAGGUGUCA